AUAUCUUGUGGAUUGAUCUACAGCUGUGGUGAAUAAGAAAAACGCAACUUCAAAGUGUUUAUAAAAUUCACUUUCGUUUUGAUCACAAAAGAUCGUAUAGCGUAUCAAAAUAUUCAUAAAUAUUAAGUGUUGUGUUUUUUUAAACAUCCUGUAUAAGUGCGGUCAUUAUAUCGAUGAAAAGCCAUUUCAAGCUAGAAGAUUAAAUUUUAGCAGAUCAAAGAUGUUUGGAGUUGUUAAGAUCCUUGUUAUAUUCCUAGUCUUUGCAGGUACUGGAAUACAUAUUGUGAUAUAUAUCUUUGUUCAUAGAAUUCUCAAGUAUCACUUCGUUAUUCUUCAUCGUAUUUUUCUGGAUUUAUUUUUCUAGAUAAUGCGGUUGAAUGUUUUAAACUUUGUCAGAUUUGCAGCUCAAAUGGUAGAAAUUCAUUCCGUGAAUGUGACAGUCAGGGUUGUGGUGAUUUCGGAACACCAAGAGUCUCUCGUACACACAAUGAUGUCGACAUAAUUUGGAAACCAGGGAGUUCUGUCAUGACACCAUUUGCUGCGAAGAUCUGACGAAAAUCACGUUCUUAUUCAAACAACAACAAACCAUAUAACAAUGGAUUGUAUAUUCAAGGAAGCGGAGAAGCCGAAGGAAUUUUAUUUCAAAUGUGGGGAACAUCAUGGUAGAGAUGAACAGGCGCCAUUAUCAAUGUUGAAAUCUAACAUCAGAAAUAUUCCCUGCAUCACAUGCUCUGAAAUAUCAUAAUGCGGUUGAAUGUUUUAAACUUGGUCAGCUUUGCAGGUCAAAUGGUAGAAAUUUAAUCCGUGAAUGUGACAGUCAGGGUUGUGGUGAUUUCGGAACACCAAGAGGUUCUCGUACACACAAUGGUGUCGACAUAAUUUGCAAACCAGGGAGUUCUGUCAUGACACCAUUUGCUGCGAAGAUUUGACGAAAAUCACGUUCUUAUUCAAACAACAACAAACCAUAUAACAAUGGAUUGUAUAUUCAAGGAAGCGGAGAAGCCGAAGAUAUAAAAUGGAUAUUUCAGGUGGUCUUGGAAGAUCUGCUGGAAAGAUAUAGCGUGUUGGUCUGAUGGGGUUGAACAGUACAAAAGAUAAUGUAAAUCUUGUACUAAAAGCCUUCAAGGACGCGAUGGAAAACGUGAAAUUACAAAACAAUCUAAAACGCUGAACAUUCCAGUUUUCCAAGAGAUCAGAACACUGCCAGGGAGUGAAAUUUCAAGGAAAAAAGAGGAAGUUUGUUUUGAAUGCAGAGAUGAACCACAGCGUCAUUCAUGCUGUUCAGAAAUCUGGUCAGAUCUCAGUUGAUGCAACUUACAAUGCAAAUGAUGGUUUGACGAAAGUGAAACUGACACAGGAUGACGAAGAUGAAGAUGGUGAAUCUCAACAAUCAGGCAAGCAAAGUUUCUUCUUUGUUUAUUGUAAAACUUGCAAGAAACUAACACGAGGAAAAUUGCGAUGUCGAUGUUCAAAUUGCAAGGAAGGAAGCUUUGUUCUAUCACAGGGUCCAAAUGGUUGGGACGAUGUAUUGAUCAAAGGCCGCAUGCAGGGACAAUGUGAAUCCAAUACAAACUGUCAGGGAAAAACAGCUGAAUUUUAUUUCAAAUGUGGGGAACAUCAUGGAAGAGAUGAACAGGCGCCGUUAUCAAUGUUGAAAUCUAACAUCAGAAAUAUUCCCUGCAUCACAUGCUCUGAAAUAUCGGAUGUUAUUUUAGUUUUUCCUUGUGAAAGCAAGCAUACGAUUUGUGAGGAUUGUUUUCGCGAGUAUUGCGUUACAUAUUUGAGCGAGAGACGAUUUGUUCAAACAGAACGAAAGGGAUACACUAUCGCCUGCCCAGGAAAUUCAGAUGAUUGUCGCGCGGCCUUUAUCAGUGAUCCACAUCACUUCCGGUUGCUUGGCGAUGAACAGUAUGAACGUUUCCAGACAUUUGCCGCCGAGGAAUGUGUCCUUUUAGCCGGUGGGGUACUUUGCCCAGGUCGGGGAUGUGGACAGGGUAUAUUUCCCCCACAAGGGCGCCGUCGAGUAACGUGUGAACAUGGGUGUGGGCUUGUGUUUUGUCGAAAUUGUUCACGGCCCUACCAUGAAGGAGAAUGUCAAUCAAGUGAGGCUACCGCUGGAGCAUCUGCUUCUGGAAACACAGCAGCAAACAGGUUUCAGGUCACUGAAGCGAAUAAUCAACGAGCAAGAUGGAACGAACAAUCUGAAGCCCAUAUAAAAAAGAGCACUAAAAGAUGUCCCAAUACCAAGUGCAAUGUUCCAGUCGAGAAGAACGCGGGUUGCAAUCAUAUGACAUGCUCAAGAUGUGGAUUUCACUGGUGCUGGAUUUGUCGUGUUCCUUGGGACAGGAAAUGUCAGAGAAACCAUUGGUUCAAUCAUUGAGACUUAAGGUUAGAUUCAAACUUUCAAAGCAACUUUAUAACCUCGAAAUCCGAAUGAAAAUAAUCGCAGGACCAUUGCAUAAUUUGUUUUAAUGUAAUCCAGAGCUUACGGCUACGAAAUCU